CGGUCUCCCAGGCUCCGCCUGCUCUGCUCCCCGCCCACCAACGCCACCGCCACCGCCACUGGAUCCGUUCAGCUACCGCCGUACCGGCAGCGCGUCAGCAAGAGAGUGAGUGCCGGCCGCACCACACUGCGUGUGUAGUGCGUGGUGUGCUCGGACUUUGAUGCGCGUGGCCGCCGCCGCGGUCCAUGGCCUCCGCCGUCGCGAGUAACCUCCCGCCCGCCGCCGCGCCCGCGUACGGGUGGCUCAGCCCGCGCGUGUCCUUCAGCCACGACGCGCAGGGCGCGGACGUAAUGGAGCCCGCCGCCGUGUCGUCCCCCGCGGCCGUCGCCGCCAUGGCCGUGGCCACGCCGGAGCCGGCGAUCUCCAAGGACUUCAUCGACUUCGAGUUCAGCCUCGGCGGGUCCGCCACCAUGCUCCCCGCGGACGAGCUGUUCGCGGACGGGAAGCUGCUGCCGCUGCGGAAGGCGGCCGCGCCUCUGCCGGAUCCGGAGGCCGCGGCGGCGGCGCCCCCGGCGCCGGCGCGGGCGGAGGCGGCAAUGCCGGCGCCCGCGGGGCCGGUCAAGCCCCUCCGCGCCGCGGCGGUCGCAGCGGCCGACGGGACCGCCGACCCCUACGUGUUCUCGCCCAAGGCGCCCAGCUGCUCCAGCCGGUGGCGCGAGCUGCUCGGGCUCAAGAGGGCCGCGGCCGCGCAGAGCCCCAGCGCGAAGCCCUCGCCGUCGCCGGUCGCGGCUGCGAGGACCCCUGCGGCGAGGGCGGCGAACUCCGCGGCGGCGAGGUCGCUCAAGCUCCUGCUCCAGCGGAACACCGGGCGCGCGUCGGGGGCCUCGGCGACGGACCUCGCGUCGGCGCCGCUGCUCCGCGACAGCUCCGACUCGGAGGCGUCGCUCUCCCUCGCGUCCUCCCGCUUCUCGCUCUCCUCGUCGUCCUCCUCCUCCGGCCACGAGCACGACGACGUGCCCCGCCUCUCCCUCGACUCCGCCGCCGACCCCAACCCGCCCCGCAUCCGGCUCGUCCGCUCCUCCCACCACCGCCACUCCACCUCCGGCUCCACCCGCGCCGGCCGCAGCCCCGCGCGGCGCCGCCCUUCGCCGCCCCCUCCCCCGCGCUGCCUCUCCGUGGACUCCCCGCGCAUGAACUCCUCCGGCAAGAUCGUGUUCCAGGGCCUGGAGCGCAGCUCCAGCUCCCCCUGCAGCUUCCACGCGGCCUCCAAGUCCCGGUCCCGCGCGGUGGACCGGUCCUACUCCUCCGGCGUCCGCGUGGCGCCCGUGGUGCUCAACGUCCCCGUGUGCUCCCGCCCCGUGUUCGGCUUCUUCAAGGACAAGAAGGACUCCACCACGGCCAAGGACGCCUCGGCUGCUGCUGCGGCCGCCGCCGCGAGGUCCCGGUCGGCGCUGGGGCGGAAGGCGCAAGGGUGGAGCGGCGAGCUGCCGAGAUCCUCCGGCUGAUUUGACCCCGUUUGACCUUGCCUGUCCCGUUGGCGCCAUCAUGAUGGAUGAGAGGAUGGCUCGGGUGGUUGGUGUUGGGUUUAACUGAUUUUGUUUGUUCUUUGGAAACGACGAGAUGGUGAGGGGUCUAAUCAAUUGACUGUCCUUUUCUUCCUCUUUUUUGCUCGACUGUAAAAAUUCGAGUUUUGUACUGCUGCUCUUCCGAUCGAUUUGGUUCAAUGCAACGCGAAAAAAAGGUGGAAAAUUUUCUCAGAA